UCCUUCAAGACUUUUGGAAAACCAUUUCAGUAAACUGGAUGAGGAUCAUCUCUACAUGGCCUACGCAGACAUCAUGGCUAAGAGUUGCCAUGAUGAAGAGGAUGACGAUGGAGAAGUGAAGAGUUUUGAAGAAAAAGAGAUGGAGAAGCAGAAGCUGUUGUAUCAGCAGGCUCGGCUGCACGACCGUGGCGCUGCUGAGAUGGUGCUCCAAACCAUCAGUGCUAGUAAAGGUUGUCAGGUCUCUGGCCCCUGGGAGAGUGAAGACCUGGACAGUUUGUCAGAGCUGGUCCAGGAUAUCCGUCUUUGCUCUCAGGCCCUCAACAAGCUGGACCGACAGACCUUGAAGCAGAGCUGGGACAGGACUCAGUCACACGGACACUUUCUCGACCGAAACUCCAAGUGCCUCCUCUCCGCCACCUCCACUUGAGGGUGGGAGGUGUGAUGAUGUCGGCAGAACUUUGCUUCUGAUGUCUACUCUUUAUCACUGACGGUGGAUUUUGAGCCAGUGUUCAUAAUAAAAGUGGUCAUUUUUAUAAACAUUUUGUUUAGUGAGGCUACACCAAAAAGAAACAAGAUAAAACCAAAAUAAAGUGACAUGCUGUCCACCAACAAUCUGUUGAUAGCUUGUGUUUUAUGCAUUUUUGUCUGCCUUAUUUAUACAUGUAAAGCUCUGUAUCUGUAUAAAGAGUUUGUGUUA